AUGCCGCCCCGGUUGAACCUUUUCUCAGCAAGCAAGGCUGUUUCGGCCCUCCGCCAGCCCACUAUCCCCUCUGUUGCGUCACCCAGUAUCCCUCUCCCCCUUCGGUUCCGUGCCAAGCAGUCGAUAACUGCCCAAAAAAGAUGGAAUUCGUCCAAGAAGGAACCCAAUCCGGAUGAGCAGGUGUUUCCAACACAGGACCAACUGCCUCAUGUCAGCGAAGAGGCAGCCGAGAUCGACCGAAUUAUGAACAAGGAGAAGAGCUGUGACGGCCAGCCAUCAAGCCCGGAAUUGGAACAAGGAACCCCGGUUGAGGAGAUUCUCCAGCGCGAUGAGAAGGCGAUGAAGCACAUGCCCAAGGUCAUGCAGGAGCAGUUCAAGAAGUCCGGUGGCUCCCGCUCCUUCUCAACCUCCGCCCGCAGUCGCCAGCCUGACGUGGAGAGUUCUCUUAAUCACGAUGCGUCUGCUGCGUUUCUUGCCGAUAUGAUCGAGCAGGUGAACUCGCAGGCCAUCGAGCGGAACCCAGGCCUGAAGUUUGAUGCACCAGAGGUCCCUACCAAGACCAUGAACUUCCGGAAGCGCUACGACUCGCUGCAGGAGCAGUUCACCAAGAUGUUGAUGCAAGACGGAAAGCUGGCCCGGGCACAGAACAACAUGUCUAUCAUUCUGGACCACCUUCGCACCUCUUCCGCUCCCAACCCCAACCCCCGCCGCCCUCUUAUUGGCGGACCUCCCGCGCCUCAGCUUCCUCUCGAUCCUGUCCUCUACCUGACACUGAUCGUUGACUCGGUGGCUCCUCUUUUCCGUAUUCGUCAGCAGAAGGGUAUUGCCGGUGGUGGUACUGCCGUGCAAGUCCCUCACCCGUUGAACCUGCGCCAGCGCCGCCGUGCGGCUAUCAAGUGGAUCAUCGAUGCUUCGGAGAAGCGACGAGAUGCGCAGCUGGCCCAUCGUGUUGCAAAUGAGUUGGUUGCGGUUGCGGAGGGCCGAAGUGGUGUGUGGGACCGCCGAGACGGGCAGCACAAGAUGGUUGUUCGCCCCGGUCGAUCUCCCUCCGGCCCCAGCUCGACGGUGGCUCCUCCACCCAGUCACGAAUCCUUCGAGCUCGCCGACUUCCGACCUGCCAGCAACCCGCCCGCCUCAAGCGCGCCCCAAUCCGCAUCGACUCGCACGCGACGACCAGGAAGCACCGAUCGGCCCUUUGCACCUGCUACUAGCUCACAGUCGCUUGCGGGACUUGAAUCUGGACAAGAAGCGGAGCAGGAGAAGGCAGCUCCGUCGGACGAACAGCGCCCACGGGCCACCCGCUUCACUCGACUUAGGUUCUGGGCAGAGGCCCUUCGACGCCGGGCUCAAAACGCAAGUCGGCCUCGGGCUGACCGUGACCCCGAGACCGCAGCCAAGAUGAAGUUCUCGCACAGCAUUCAGUUCAAUGCGGUGCCGGAUUGGAGUUCUAACUACAUUGCGUACAGCAAUCUUAAGAAACUGAUCUACACCCUCGAGAAGCACAACAAUCGACCUGAGGGACGAAAUGGCGGCGAUGUCGAGUCCGCUCCGCUGCUUGGCGCCCAUCAAGUCGCCAACCCCGAUAGCAUCUUCAAGCGUGCCCUUGAUGUGGAGCUAGAAAAGAUCUGUACCUUCUAUCAACAGAAACAGGAGGAAAUUUUCCAACUUACAGAUGAGUUGGUUCGGGAGGCUUUGGUCUAUAUCUCCGAAACGGACGGCUUCAACAUGGAUCCAGUUAGCGAGACGAUCGUCAAAGCCAGGACGUUGAGUUCGAAUUCCCGCCGCGCAACUACUGGUGGAUUUCAAAAUUAUGGAAUCAAUCAGCGUCGUCGGUCCAGUGGCGGCAGUGAAGACGAUGGGGAUAGCGAUGAGGAACACCCCCCGAACUCGGAGGAGGCUCACCCAGAUGACAUGGUGGACUCGGCUUUCUUUGGCCCGGCUAGUAGCCGAGGGCCCCAGGAUACCGACUUGACUGACGAGGAUUUCCUUAUUCUCUAUAAUACCGGAGUGUCACUGAAAAAGCGUCUCAUUGAGGCUUACGUCUCUCUCUGCGAGCUGAGAUCGUUCAUCGAACUCAACAAGACCGGCUUUGCAAAGGCAUUGAAGAAGUACGACAAGACUCUGUUCCGUAGUCUGCGUCGGGACUACUUGAACUCAGUCGUUCACCCGGCGAUGCCUUUUACCGAAAAUACCAUGGCUGCUGUUGAUAGUCACAUCAGCGACGUGCAGGGUGUCUAUGCCGACAUCGUCACUAAGGGCAAUCGAUCUUUGGCUAGUCGUGAAUUGCGCCUCCACCUGCGUGAGCAUGUGGUCUGGGAGCGAAACACAGUUUGGCGCGAGAUGAUUGAGAUUGAACGUCGUGCUCAGGCUGCCAAUGUCGGUAUUCGUCAGACUCUUCUGGGAGGCGACGAAGACCCUGCUACUGCGCGGCGCCAGGGCGACAAGCAAGAAAUUCGCACGAGAGAGAUCGCUACUCCGCUUGGUCGGAUGCACUUCCCGUUGUGGCUUUGUAGUUUGAGCUUUGGCACCUUGAUCUUUAGUAUUUCUGUGUUCGGUGCUCUUCUCUCACUGCAAAUUAUGGGAACGCCCGAGCAACAGAACUGUUUGGCAAUGCUAGUGCUGGUUAGUAUUCUUUGGGCUACCGAGGCUAUUCCUCUGUUCGUGACUUCACUUUUGAUCCCGUUCUUGGUCGUCGUCUUGGGCAUUAUGCGGUCUGAAGAUAAACCGCAUAAGCGAUUGGGUCCUAAGGAGGCAACGAGCGUGGUAUUUGCAUCAAUGUGGACUCCUGUGAUCAUGCUUCUCCUCGGUGGUUUCACAAUUGCGGCAGCCUUAUCGAAGUACGAUAUUGCCCGUCGGAUGGCCAUCCUCGUGCUCAGCAAAGCCGGAUCAAAGCCCAGUGCCGUGCUGCUGACGAAUAUGUUCGUGAGCAUGUUCUUGAGUAUGUGGAUCAGCAACGUCGCUUCGCCCGUGCUGUGCUACUCGAUCAUUCAGCCUCUGCUGCGCAAUCUGUCUCCGGAUUCCAAUUUCGCCAAGGCGCUCGUGCUGGGUAUCGCGCUGGCGGCCAAUGUUGGUGGUGCAGCGUCCCCGAUUGCAUCGCCACAAAAUAUCAUUGCGCUGCAGAACAUGUACCCGAGCAUCAGCUGGGGCACCUGGUUCUUCGUUUCGCUGCCCGUCUGCAUUAUCUCAAUCUUCUUGAUCUGGGGACUCCUGCUUGCGACGUUCAAGCCUGGCCGCAAUACAACCAUCAUUCCCAUGCGCCCAGUAAAGGAUCGCUUCACAGGCAUUCAGUACUUUAUCAGCGCGGUCACUCUUGUCACCAUUGCGCUCUGGUGUGUCAGUCACCAGCUCGAGCAUGUAUUCGGCGACAUGGGCGUCAUUGCCAUUAUCCCUCUCGUGCUGUUCUUCGGCACAGGUAUCCUCAACAAGGAAGACUUUAACAACUUUCUCUGGACAAUAAUCAUCCUCGCUGCAGGUGGUCUGUGUCUGGGUAAGGCCGUCACUUCAUCCGGCUUGCUGCAUACCAUCGCCAACGGGAUCACGGCCCAUGUCGAGGAUCUCAGUCUCUACAGUGUGCUUCUCGUCUUCUCGGCUUUGAUCCUCGUCAUUGCGACCUUCAUUUCUCAUACCGUUGCGGCUCUGAUCAUGUUGCCUCUGGUUCGCCAAAUCGGCGUGAACAUGGAGAACCCCCAUCCGAAUCUAUUGGUCAUGGCAAGUGCACUGAUGUGCUCGGUUGCGAUGGCGCUGCCCACGAGUGGCUUCCCCAACAUGACCGCCAUCAUGACUGAAGUGCCAACAACUGGCCAGCGGUACCUCCAGGUCCGCCACUUCCUAACCCGUGGUAUUCCAUCAAGUCUCAUGGCCUUUGUGGUGAUUGUCACCCUCGGAUAUGGGCUGAUGUACAUCGCGGGGCUGUAA